CGAUUGCCACCUCGUUUGCCUUUGCCUUUCCUCUUUCAUCUUUUCUAGCUUCAAAUAAACUCUGCGGACGAAAUUUCGAGCUAGGGUUUCGUAUUGCUCUUACUCUCUUACCCGAUCAAUCGAAGCGAUGGUUGCGCCCAAGAGAGAAGGCGAGAGCUCAGAUCGCGGAGAUCGACCCGAUCCGUUGCCGGGAUCGAGGACCGCCGGAGGUUUAACGGAGAGGUUAAGGGAUGCGCUUUUAGGCGAACCCGAUGAGGAUCUGGUGCUCGAUCGGAGCGAUGCUGAGAAUGGGAUUGCGCAGUGGCUGAGAGCGCUCGAUCUUCAGGUUCUCGGCGCUUGCCGUGCUGAUGAGAGGUUGAAGCCUUUGCUUAAGCUCAACAUCUCGAGUGGAGUUGAGGAAGACAGGCUUCUCGCCCGAUUAGGCCAGCAUUUUGAUGCAUCAGAAGUUGGGAUGCUUGCCCGAUGUCUGUGCAUUCCUUUGGUAUCUAUUCGAGUAGGGAAGGUUAAGAAGCAAGGGAACCUUUUGUCCCCGACUGCUACAAGGGGGCAUCUUAAUCUAAGUCUAUUGUCUUCAUCUAAUAUGCGCAUUUCAUUCACGGGGGAUGACGGUUGUACUGAGAAAUUGGCUGUUCUGAGUAAUGUUGCUGAGGCCUCUGAAGUGGUGGUUGAAGAAAUUUCAGCUGAUACUUCUGGUCGCUCAUUUUUGAUAAAGCUUCCGGGAUCAGAAGUGUUGUAUUUUUGGUGUUCGGAGAAGUCAAAUGAUCGUGGAAUGGAGCUCCUUGCAAAGAUGAAGAAUCUACUGAGGAGGAAGCCGUCUUUAGCUCGUCUGACUGGAAUUUGUGAAUCACGCCUUGAUUCUUUUGCAACCCACAUCCGGGCAUACCUUCUUGGUUCAUCGAACACAGCAGAAGCUGAUCUACUUUCUUUGUCAGGUGAAUCAUCUGCAGGUGUACAUGCAUCAGACACGUACUUCCAUUCUCCACCCUUGUUUUCAAAGUCUUCUCGCUGCCGGUUUACAGCAGCCCAUACAACAAAGGGACAACCCUCACACCAAGGCAGUCUCAGUCCUCGGCCAAACACUUUCAAGGAUGGGACUGCUAGAAGUUCUUCCUCCAUCAGAAACAAUAUAAAAGAGAAACUUAAGCGCCGGGGGGAUACUCAUAAUUCUAGCUUCUUGUCCAUCAGCCAGCCAUCUAUACCUACUGUAUCAACUUCAUGUACCCAAUCUAGCCACCAACCUGAAGAUGAAACUGUCAGGGGCAGCGACAGCGACAGCUGCAGCUUUCUGCCCUCUGUUACUCUUUCUGAAAUGCAUUGUAUAUCCUCUUCUCCUUCCUCAUCGAUCCCUCUUUUCCUCAACCUCCCUUCAUCCCUCAUUAGUUCCUCAAAUUCUCUAUUCUCGCCGUAUUACUGUUUGUGUCCCCCCUGCCCAUCAGCACUUCAGUAUCCUGCAGCCCCUUCUCGUCUGCCCAUUACUUUCAAUGAGUCUAUGCCUCUUCCACCUCUAUCAUCCUUGUUGUCAGCAUCUGUGCCUCCCGUCUCUCUAGUUACAUCAAGUGUUCCACUCAGUAUUCCUAGUCUGCCAACGAUAAACCUUCCUUCUCUUUUCCCUGAAUCCUUUGCUCGUCUCUCGAUUCCUGUCACCUCAUUUGUUACAUUACCAACUUCCCAACAAAUUUCAACCUUUUCCGGGUACAUGUCUGAUCCAAUUGUGCACACUCCGGUAAUCGACGUUUGCUCCUCUGGCCAAGGAUACCUUGUGAGUGCUGGACCUGCAAUGUCUUCAGUCAUGCCGCCUUUGCUUCCGAGCUUUGUAAACCAUCCUCUCAUCUCAAGCACAGAGUCUGCGGUGGAAAACAGUGCGAGGGAAACGCUUAGGAUGCUUAUGGCAUCUACACCAAAAUUUACUUAUCAAAAGCCAAUGAUUGUUAUUCCGGGGACUGACGGAAUGAAUCACAAUGCAACAGUUAUUCCUGGGAGCAACCGCGAUGUAGUGGCUGAUGUGGGCCAGGGUCUUUACGGUGGUGCCUUCAUAGAUGUUGAAGCAGUUGCGAUGGGCUUAUCUUCUCUGGGUUUAUCUUUGUCAAGCAGUAAGGUUGACGGCCGUGUCAAAAUAGGCAAGCAGGAGAGAAACGACCAUGCCUUUACGGAGGAGAGUUCGGAGGACUGAAUUGACAGAAAUUGAUGAUUGCAGAUGUCGCUGUAUAUUCCUGUAGGCAGUUAGCAUAUGGAAUGGUCGAUUGUAGGCUUUUGCAUGUGGGCCGCUUGGCUUGAAAAAUGGCAUCCGCUAAGGAGCGGUUAUUGAUUUUUUUUUUUUUUUAUUCUUCUUCUUCUUUCUCCUGUGUGUUUUUCAGCUUGUAGUGUAUUGCCAAGGUUCACCGAUGUAAUUGGUUGUAAUUUUGAAAGCUCAACUCCUGGGGAGAUAAUAAAAAAGAGCAAUUUGUUUCGAGUA